CCGGGCGUAUAUACUACUUGGGAUGAGUGUAAAAAACAGAUAGACGGAUACUCUGGUGCUUUGUAUAAGAAAUUUUUUUCAAAGCAGCAAGCUGAAGAAUUUAUCGAGAUAAUUGAUCCACAUAGUAUUUUAAACGUGUGGACCGACGGAUGUUGUAAUAAUUUUAAAACAGUUAAUAGUAAAAAAUCAUAUUUAGGUUCUUUAAAUUCAGCAGCCGGAAUUGGUGUAUUUUUUGCUGAUGAUGAUUUGUGCAAUUUAUCGGAACGUUUGCCCGGUUCACAACAAACAAAUAAUUGUGCCGAGUUGUACGCAGUGAUUCGUGCUCUGGAAGUAACAGCGUCUCAUCUUGAUUUGCUCAUCAACACCGAUAGCACAUACGUGAUUCAAUCCUAUAACGUGUACUCACCCAAGGCAAAUUGUGAUCUGGUAAACCAGAUGAACAAGCUCAUUCAAACACGAACGGGUAAGACACAUUUCAACUGGGUGAAAGGUCAUAGCGGUAUUUACGAAAAUGACCAGGCAGAUCGUCUUGCCUAUCUUGGUUCGCAAAAACCGUAUGUGCAAUCCGCUCCGGUAUAUAUUUCAAAGAAAACCAUUGAUACUUAUUUUCCUAGAGUAGAGAAAAAAUCUGAUAAUUCCGCGAACGCAACCGAUUUGUAUAUCGAAGAGUUUAUUCGUAUUCUUCAAAUAUUAGAGCAGGAUCAGGAUGAACAAAAACUAGUCAUAACUACAAAAAAUAAAAAUAUCUUUUUGAUGUUGACCGAAAAUCGUAUCGAGCGAUGGCUUCAAAAUGAUUGGUUUAGUGCUGAUAAGCGGCAGAAAAAGCGGCAGAAACUCAAAGCCCCCAAGGAUAUUUGUCUUCGAAUUAAUGCGCAUAUUAUGGGUAGAAAAAAUAUGAUCGA